AUGGCUGUACACCCGACUGACACUAAGACUAUUAGCUUCAGAUCUAUGUCUGUGCACAAACAGGAUGUAGAUAAAAGACCCUCUUCUGUUCCUUUUCAAAGCAGAAUUGAACCUAAAACUUUCAACCAUAAUCAAAAGAAGAUACUCCACACAGAUAUACAACAAACACCGAUAAAUACAUCGACAACUCAGAACAUGUCUCCUUGGCUUGUCAACGAAGAAGACCGUCAUAAGUACGGUCUUAGAGGACAGGAAGUCAUUGCUACCAGCCAAAAAGCCGAAGAUGUUCUUGUUACAGGUUUUGUCCCAAACCCAUUCUGGCAUUCUUUCCAGAAAAGUGUUGCCGCUGUUCACACUGCCGACGAUGAGCAAUAUAUUCAAUGUUUUGAGAAUGAGCUUCGUCUUCCGCUCAAGGCUUUCCUUAUCUCGUCGCUUCCUAACUGUUCAUGGAUCUUGAACGUUCUCCAUCUAGGUUUCGGAGCAGACAAAUAUGCUAACCCUAUCGUCAUUCAUGUUUGUGUUCAAACCCCUCACUACUUCACAAGUCACAAGGUUGCUGCUCUCGAAGUCGUACAGGGUAUGGAGAAGAUCAUCAAGGAGAAGCUGGAUAAUCAAAAGUAUCAAAGAGAUAUGCAUGAAAAGUUCCAUAUCGAUAUCUGUCAAAUCUACCAUCCAAAGCCGAAAAGCUCGGAACUAAAGUCGAAAGAUGAGAUAAACAAGAACAGCGGUACCGAACUCCGCUCAAGCGAUUCCACCCACGUCCCGGGCGUCAUUCUUACUGAGAAUUUUCCUGACGUCUACUUGAUUGACACUCCAUGCCCUGGUCUCUCUGUCGGACGAAGAGAAACCAAAGACAGAACCUAUCCGGCUGGUUCGUUGACUGGUUUUCUGCAACAGGAAAACACACUUUACAGCCUUACGUGUAGCCAUGUUGCUUUUCCUGACCCAGAACGUUCAUCUGAAAUAUACAAAUACAACGACGGAAUGGAACAGUUUAAGAUUUCGAUACCCGCAUUCAAAGAUCAUAAAGCAACUCUACAAGUCAUGGAAUACAAGCUUAAACAUGCUAGGAUUGCAAUUGAAAAGGCAGAGAAACGCCAAGUAAUGUGUCCUGAGAUGGAUUUCUCCAGUCGUAUACAAUGUCAUAAAGAAGAAGAGAUUCGUUGUGCCAGACACUUGAAAGAAGCUCAGAAAUACAGUAUUCAAGCUGGCUAUGUCUAUGCUGCUUCAGAGGGAUGGCGCACAGUUGCUACGUUCAAUGGAAUCCUCGACUGGGCUUUAAUCCGCAAUGCUUGUCUUGAUCCUAGUAAUCAGUUACCUCCGUUUUAUUUCCUAGAAGAACCUCAGGUUUUGAGAUUUAUCGAAAAGUUCGGAGACAAGUAUUGGUCAUCAGAUGAACGUAAGGCUUUUAUCACAAAGUGUCAAGCCUUGCAAGAUUCCAUAGAGUCCAAUGUCAGUCAUCCAAGAUCGUUCUCACUUUUGAAUGAGAAGAGUAUCUACUUCAAAGCUUCAAGUCGAACAACGGGUUGGAAAGCAUGCGAAAUGAAUGUUGUUCAAGCUAUUGUUCACAAUCAGAAUUCAACAUCAGAUGAACACGUAUUCGUUAGUGAUGAUACACAAAAGUCAAAAGAAAAGACAUCUGAAGGAGGUGAUUCUGGUGGUCUCAUUUAUAGUAUUGGUGUUGAUAUUGAGGGUAAUACUGUUCUUGUACCCAUGGCAAUGAUUUGGGCAGGAAACACAGACGGCUUUGAAGGCUUCCAAGGUGAUGUCACAUAUGCAACUCCCAUCGAAGAGGUCUUGAAGGACAUUGAGUGUGAGAUGGGAUGGGAAAGCGGUAGCCUCAAAUUCUGUUGA